CACUAUGGUUCAACAAUCAAACUCGAAGUUACACAACAGACGUUCAAAACAAAACAUUCCUUGUGAAUGUUUUUACUAUUGACAUCUAGGGGCCUACAUACAUAACACCUCCAGACCCUUGUUGUUUUACUCACUGGCAUCAGUCGUGAUGUGACUACAUUUGAGUGUACCUACCCUACUGGAUUCACUGCGGCAUUCUGUCAAACAUAGACUGGUUGCCAUAGUAAUCCACUGAGGUGCGAGAUGGAGAAAACAUUUGUGAUGUGUUUGCAACGCCAGAGAUAUCUUGGCCAAUUCAUCACAAGGUGUUUCUCAUCACAAACUCCAAGUUUAUUACAGAAGAACUACUAUGAGGUGCUGGGUGUGAAGAGAAAUGCUAAUGCAAGUGAAGUUAAAGCAGCUUACAUAAAUCUCUCCAAAACAUUACACCCUGAUGUCAACCCAAAGAAUGAAAAUCCACAUGCUUCAUUUGUUGAACUGAACCAAGCCUAUGCAGUAUUAAGUAAAUCUCUCUCUAGAAGAGACUAUGAUUCCAGCUUGAAUAAUCCUCCAGGUACAAGACGUGUAAAUCGUCAUUCUAGAAAAGCUACUCCUGGCGAUCCUUAUGGUACUCAACAGCAAUCCAACGAUUGGUAUAAUGAUAUGGGUACAUUCUAUAGAGGUAAACCAUCAGAUACAGCAGAGAACUAUUAUGGUAUCAAAGGAAUACGUCGAGUAAGCAGCGGGUAUAUUCUAUUCGGUUGCAUAGUUUUCUUAUGUGCAGGAGCUCUGAUGCAUUACGUCAUCUUCAAGCAAAGUAGUUCUUAUGCAUUGAAGAGACUUGAUGCAAAAGACAGACAAAUAUCCAUCAUAUACAACGAGGCUAAAUCCAGAGCAAUGCAAAAUGGUAACAAGAAACAAAUGGAACUACUACGAGCAAGACAAGACGAACUGAGCAAUAAGGAGGACAGUCUUAGCGGAAAGACGUUAUAACAUCCAGGGAUGAGGUACAGUUUCAUUCACACAACUUAAAUUUUCCGCACAAAUGAAUGAAUAUUUAAGAUGUGGCCCUCGUGAGGGAGAAACACCGUCUUCAAUACUAUUUUUGUAUAUACAUAGUAGUUACCGACAUGAAUAAAGCAGUGGCUUUAAAGACAUGAGGGUUUUUUUACAAAAUGUUUGAAUAGGAAAGUAAAAGUGUGGUUGUGCUGGAUUGCUUCCUGUGCAAUAAUAACAAUAAUAACAAAAAAGAUCAAAGCGUUGAACAGAAGAAGACGAGAAUCAAGAAGACAAAGACAGGGGUUACAAGAUUUUUUUUUGUUCAAACUUGUCUUAAAAAUGGCGAUAGAAGAAGCAUUCCUGAUAUUGAUUGGGACAGAGUUCCACUGUUUGGAACCAGCUAUAGAACAGGAUCUGUCCCAGGAGAUUUUGAACCAGCAAGAAUGAGAUUUACAAUGCAACUGCAAGUUUUCAACAAAUAAGAACAUAUUUGAUACUGUGUGAUUUAUGGACGGUUUUUAUUCUUUAAACAAGGUUGAUUAUAAAAUAAUAUUAAUUUAUGGACAUACUGGGCUAACACUGCUGGUGCAACAUUAUGUGCCGCUUAAUGAACCAAAUAGAAAAAACACAAGAAUUAUAUUUUGUGAGUGCAGUUGUAUUGGUUUUUAUUCAUUCAUUUUUAAUCACUAUUUAUAUUUUUUUUUUUAAAGUUACUGCAGGGUGUUUUGCCUGGGUAAAAGAUGUAGACGUGUUAAACCAAUUUGUUGGUAUGAAUGUUUUAUGUGAAACUUUGGAAUUUAUGAAGCGAUUGCUGAUUGACAAAUGUAAGAAAAGGUGAUUCAAAGUGAAACAAUUAACAGAAUGAACUUUCUGAGUGUAUUGCUUGGUAACAGGAAACAUUCACAAGCAAAACGGAUCAUGUUGAUGGGAUCCUGCUAUAGUUGUUUUAUUAAUCCAUUUUGUACCUGUUUCCUUGUGGAGCAACUCAGUCUUUAGAGUUCCUCUAUGGAGGUCCUUUUGUUUUCCCUUUUUCAUUUUAUCCUUGGUUUCCAAGGUACGGGAAAAUCGUCCCCCCCCCCCCCCCACACACACACCCGCAGUUGCCAUUAUCUAAUAAUACCUUUUUCACUUUUGUGCCUCAAUACACUGCCUCAAAACUUGCAGCUUGGUUUAGGUUAAGUUUCAAGCAUCGGACAGUACGUCUUAAUAAUGAUAAUGAUUUCAGUAAAUAAUUACAGCUAGACAAAAAAUAAUGAAGCCAAGUUGAGAUAAAACACUGUGCAAUUAUCUUGAUUUCUUCAAUGCAGGUUAAAAUAAUUCAAUGUGCUGAGAAUAGACAAUAAAACUAAUAAUAUUUUUAAAUGUAAAAAGUAUGAAUGAAAAAUAUUUAUUAUUUCAAAAAGUAAUACUGACAUACUGACGAUCUUUAAUCCUUACCACUUUACUCCUAUUGGUUCAUAGCCACCAAUUGAUAAAAAAAAGAACUUUGAUUGGCGAUAAUUUUCCCGAUUUGUCUGGAUCCCUUCCCUUAAUCUGGGUGUUUCAAAUCAAAUAGCAUUAAGUAGACAAAAAUUCAAAUACAAAAAAUGUGAAAACCUUCCCGAUUCAACCGAACAGGUUCACUGUAAUUUGGUGUGAAAUUUGAGGAAUUUUCAGCAGGAUAUACCAGCAAGUUGUUAGUUGGACAUCUAUCAUUACAACUUUUUAGAGGUUAAUUUGGCUUGGUGUUGAAUGAGCCAUUAGCUGAUGAAAGUCCCCUUGGAGUUUGGUGCAUUGAAGUCUGGUCCUAUAAUCCUAGGGGGAAGACUGACUGCAUUCUUUAGUCUCACCCUACCAAAUAGAAUCUCUGACCUUGUUAUGCAGUAUAUAGGCGCAUGUAAAGCAUACAUACUGAUCUUAACAGUUUACUUCAGGUGGCAUUCAAUUGUGUCCACAUCUGACAGUGGUCGUAUGUGCUUCAGCAAGCCAGAGUACUUCAAUUUGGUGUAAUCUGGGAAAUUAAAGCCAUUGGACACUUUCGGUAAACCUGUGAAAUUAAAGCCAUUGGACACUUUCGGUAAACCUGUGAA